AAUCGGAGACGCAGCCACCGCUCGACCCGGGCGCAGCGCGCAGGCGGUGGCGGAGAGACGCCGAGCGGGCCGAGUGCGGCCGAGCAAAGCCGGAGCCGGAGCCGGAGCCGGAGCGGGGCCUCAGGAGCGGGGCCGGGUCCGGACGGGCCGAGAUGCCCUAUAAACUGAAGAAGGAGAAGCAGGAGCCCCCUAAGCUUGCCAAAGGCACUGCGAAGCCCAGCAGCUCAGGCAAGGAUGGUGGAGGCGAGAACUCUGAGGAGGCCCAGGCUCAGCCCCAGGCUCAGCCCCAACCCCAACCUCAGUCUCAGCCACCGGCAUCCAACAAGCGUCCCAGCAAUAGCACGCCACCCCCUACACAGCUCAGCAAGAUCAAGUACUCAGGGGGGCCCCAGAUUGUCAAGAAGGAGCGAAGGCAAAGUUCCUCCCGCUUCAACCUCAGCAAGAACCGGGAGCUACAGAAGCUUCCUGCCCUAAAAGAUUCACCAACCCAGGAGCGGGAGGAGCUAUUCAUUCAGAAGCUGCGCCAGUGCUGCGUCCUUUUUGACUUCGUGUCAGACCCACUCAGUGAUCUCAAAUUCAAAGAGGUGAAGCGGGCAGGACUCAACGAGAUGGUGGAGUACAUCACUCACAGUCGUGACGUUGUCACUGAGGCCAUCUACCCCGAGGCUGUCACUAUGUUUUCAGUGAACCUCUUCCGGACGCUGCCACCUUCAUCAAAUCCCACAGGGGCUGAGUUUGACCCAGAGGAAGAUGAGCCCACUUUGGAAGCUGCUUGGCCACAUCUCCAGCUUGUAUACGAGUUUUUCUUACGUUUCCUGGAGUCUCCUGAUUUCCAGCCAAACAUAGCCAAGAAAUACAUUGACCAGAAGUUUGUCCUUGCUCUCCUGGACCUAUUUGACAGUGAAGAUCCUCGAGAGCGAGACUUUCUCAAGACCAUUUUACAUCGCAUUUAUGGCAAGUUUUUGGGGCUCCGGGCUUAUAUACGUAGGCAGAUCAACCACAUCUUCUACAGGUUCAUCUAUGAGACAGAACAUCACAAUGGGAUUGCUGAGCUCCUGGAGAUCCUGGGCAGUAUCAUCAAUGGCUUUGCCCUGCCUCUUAAGGAAGAACACAAGAUGUUUCUGAUCCGAGUCCUGCUUCCUCUUCACAAAGUCAAGUCCCUGAGUGUCUAUCAUCCUCAGUUGGCGUACUGUGUGGUACAGUUCUUGGAGAAGGAGAGCAGUCUGACUGAACCAGUGAUUGUGGGACUUCUCAAGUUUUGGCCCAAGACCCACAGCCCCAAGGAGGUGAUGUUCCUCAAUGAGCUAGAGGAGAUUCUGGAUGUCAUUGAACCCUCAGAGUUCAGUAAAGUGAUGGAACCACUCUUCCGCCAGCUUGCCAAGUGUGUCUCCAGCCCCCAUUUCCAGGUGGCUGAACGCGCCCUCUAUUACUGGAACAACGAAUACAUCAUGAGCCUCAUCAGUGACAAUGCUGCCCGCGUUCUCCCCAUCAUGUUCCCCGCACUCUACAGGAACUCCAAGAGCCACUGGAACAAGACAAUCCAUGGACUGAUCUACAAUGCCCUGAAGCUGUUUAUGGAGAUGAAUCAGAAGCUGUUUGAUGACUGCACACAACAAUACAAGGCAGAAAAGCAGAAGGGCCGCUUCCGAAUGAAGGAGAGAGAAGAGAUGUGGCAAAAAAUUGAGGAGCUCGCUCGGCUCAACCCCCAGUAUCCCAUGUUCCGCGCUCCUCCACCACUGCCCCCCGUGUACUCCAUGGAGACAGAGACCCCCACGGCAGAGGACAUCCAGCUUCUGAAGAGGACGGUGGAGACAGAAGCUGUGCAGAUGCUAAAAGAUAUCAAGAAGGAGAAAGUGCUGCUUCGGAGGAAGUCAGAGCUGCCUCAGGACGUCUACACCAUCAAGGCACUGGAGGCGCACAAGCGGGCGGAAGAGUUCCUAACUGCCAGCCAGGAGGCUCUCUGACCCCCUCACCUUCCCACAGGGUCACAGCCCACUCAGCCCUGGGACGCUGCCCUGGCCCUCUACCCUCUGCUCCCUACUGGUUGACUCGGGGCAAGGUAGCACCUCUCUGGCUACUCUAGAGGAUGCAGGCACUUGAAGCGGGGACACCCAGUGUGGUCCCUCUUCUCCCCAAAAUGUGUUCAUGCCUCCCUGUGGCUACAGUACAGGCUGAGCUUUGAAAUGCUCAGUGCUCAGACUACCUGGGGAUGCCUGUCCCCUUCCUGCUCCUAUCCCCCACAGCUACUUGAGGCUGCUUUGAGAAAUACACACGGAAUCAUACUCUCCUCUCCAUCCUCCUCUGAACUCUAGGUGUCUCCCCUCCUGCUGCACAGGCAUUAGGGAGCAGCAGGGGGUUAUUCUCACCAAAGUUACUUGUACAUCAAGCUCCACGGGCCCCUGGAGUGGCUGGAGAGGAGCCUAUCCCCAGCAGCACAAAUAGGCCCCCAGACCCAGCAGUGUGUGCGCUGAUGGGGUUGUAUUAUUUCCUCUUAACCCCUGCCUGACAAAGACAACACAGAGGUCAAAGAAGCAAAAGUCUAGGCCAUGGACACUACAUGGUGAAUAUAGGGCCCAGUGGACCAACUAGGGCAGGGCAUAAACAGCGUGUCCCUAUGACCCCCCCUUUGGUGAGCAGCAGCCCUGGGAUUGAAAACACAGAAGGGACCACCCUGUGGCUGACUGCUUUCCUGUGCUAUUGGUUCCAAAGUUAGAAAGAAGGAAGCAGGGAGCAGUGCCCCGAGCAUGGCUCCCCCAACACCUAUUUAUUUCUUAGUUUGUGCUGAUGCUGGGCGGGCCCUCAGUCAUCCCCUUUAAGCACCUUGGAGGAGAAACAAGGGGCUGAGGAGGGCUGGACCCAUAUUCCAGGGGCACAGGCAGUGUGGCUUUUGGCUGUGUACACAGGGUGCUUUAUUCUCCACAGAGUGAUACAUGCUACGGUAGGUUGGGCUUGGGCCGAUGUCCCCAUAUGUACAGAACCGAAUAAAGUGGGUCUCUGAGAA